GUCUGAUUCAUUUCUCGUAGUUGCCAUAGACUUCGGCACAGCGUUCAGCGGGUAUUGUUUCUGUGUGAAGUCAUGUACGGAUAAUAUCAGGUCUGUAUUUUGGGGAAUGGGGCAUGGAUACAGGUCCCCUAAAACACCAACUUGUGCUCUGUUUAAUCCGUGAAAAAAGUUUAUAAAAUUCGGCUAUGAUGCUGUGAUUAAAUAUAACACAAUGGUUUCGGAGCAAUCCAGGAAAUGGUACUUCUUUGAAAAUUUUAAGAUGGAACUGUACAGCAAGAAAGUCACAAAAGAUUUAAUGAUCUCAGCGAAGAAUGGAAAGCCAUUUCAUGCCCUAGAAGUGUUCACAGAAAGCCUACGCUUCCUCAAAGACCACGCCUUAGACAACAUUGGAGAGGAGACCUGUGGGAAGAAGUUCAUUGCCUCGGAUGUGACCUGGGUGCUGACAGUGCCGGCAAUCUGGGACUCUGCAGCCAAACAGUUCAUGAGGCUGGCUGCCACAGAGGCAGGACUGGUAGAGGAGAUGGGUUCAGAGAACCUGGUUCUGGCCCUGGAGCCUGAGGCUGCUUCAGUGUGGUGCAAACAGCUGCCCAGCACUGGCUUUGUACAAGAAGGAGGGGGGGAGAACACAUUUGAACAGACCCCAGGGCUGCAAUAUAUUGCCGUUGACUGUGGAGGUGGAACAGUAGACAUCACUGUGCAUGAGGUCCUGGAAGGUGGGUCCCUGAAAGAGCUGCAGAAAGCAUCAGGAGGGGGGUGGGGAGGGUCGUCUGUAGACAAAGAAUUCAGAAGCUUCCUCAGGGACAUUUUCCACCCAGAUGUGUGGGACAGGUAUGAGAAGGAACAUCCUGGAGAAUUUCACAAGAUGAUGUACCACUUCUCCACCCAAAAAUGUUCCUCUACUGAAGAAGACCUGUACAUUACCUGUUACAAGAAUUUAGUCAAAUGUGUAGAGGAGAAGAAGGAAAUCUCUGAGUUUUUUAAAGGCAUAGAGGGUGCUGAUUGGUCUGAAGGCUGUAUCAGAAUUACACACAAUAAACUGCAGAGCUUCUUUGAAGCUAGUUUGUUCAGGAUAGUGAAUGAAAUAGAAGCUAUUCUGUCAAUGCCAGAGCUUGCAAUCGAAUACAUCUUGCUUGUUGGCGGGUAUGCAUCAAGCAGGUUCUUACGAGAUGAAGUCCGAAAACAGUUCAGUAGCAGGUGCUGUGUCCUGUGCCCCUAUGAUUCACAGCUAGCCAUUGCUAAAGGAGCAAUUUUGUUUGGAAAUGACCCCAAAAUAAUCGCAUCUAGAGUCAGUGCGCUGACAUAUGGCAUUGCUGUAGGUAGGCCGUUUGAUCCUUCAGUCCAUGAUCCUAGAAAGCGGAGAGUGAAUAAAGCGGGUGAUUAUGUUUACUGUGACGAUCUUUUUGAAAAACUGGUGGAAAAGGGUCAAUCUGUGGGCUGUCAGCAAGUUGCUGAGUAUUUCUAUUCACCAAUUGACCAGGAUCAAAACGCAAUGUGCUUCAGAUUUUUCAGUACAGAGAAGCUGAAUGCCAUGUACGUGGACGAGUCUGGAUUGGAGGAAAUCGGGUCCUUUACUGUGCCCAUGCCAAAUGUCAGGCUGGGAAGGAACCGGAGAGUUAGACUGGAUAUCAAAUUUGGUUUAACUGAAAUACAAGCAACAGCAACUGACUUGACAUCCAAUGAGACUCAAGCAAUCAGGCUAAACUUUUUUACAGAAUAA